GAUGUUCGGUCAUCGUCCAGAGUUUCAGAGAAGAAGAAAGAAAGAAAGAGAAGAAGCAAAGAAAAUAAAUAUUUGUUCGAUAGCAGAAGAUGAACGGAUAUUCAGAACUUGUUUUACCACCUGGGUUUAGAUUCCACCCAACUGAUGAAGAGUUAGUUUAUCACUAUUUGUGUAGAAAAUGCGGCGGCUUGCCUAUUGCUGUGCCUAUUAUUGCUGAGCUUGAUCUCUACAAGUUCAAUCCAUGGGACCUUCCUGAAAUGGCGCCUUAUGGGGAGAAAGAAUGGUAUUUCUUUUCUCCAAGAGACAGAAAAUAUCCAAACGGGUCAAGGCCGAACCGGGCGGCGGGAAGCGGGUAUUGGAAGGCAACCGGGGCGGAUAAGCCCAUUGGAAAGCCCAAAGCAGUUGGUAUUAAAAAAGCACUUGUGUUUUAUGCUGGAAAAGCUCCUAGAGGAAUCAAAACUAAUUGGAUCAUGCAUGAAUAUCGCCCUGCUAAUGUUAAUAGAUCUCCUUCCAAUAAGAACAAUUUAAGGCUUGAUGAUUGGGUAUUAUGUCGAUUAUACAACAAAAAGGGAAAGAUGGAGAAGCAUUACCCUAUGGAUAGGAAAGUAAUGGAACUACCAGAAAUGGAGGAACAAAAGCCUGACAUUAAAUUUUCAGCUCAAAAUAUGACAAUGCAUCCACAACAAUCACCAAUGAAUGACCUAUUACAUAUGGACACGUCAGACUCGUUACCGCGAUUGCAUACGGAUUCGAGUUGCUCGGAGCACGUGUUGUCGUCGCCAGAGAUCACCUGCGAUAAGGAGGUGCAAAGUGAAGCUAAAUGGAAUGAGUUAGAGAACGCAUUUGAUGAUUAUCAAUUCAAUUACUUGGAAAGCUUCCAGGAUAACCCAUUUGGUUCACAAGUGCAGUAUCAAAUGGAGCAAUUAUCACCAUUACAAGACGUGUUCAUGCUGCUUCAAAAACCAUUUUGAUUACAUUUUUUAGUAUUAAUUGGGAUUCAGAAAUCUUGGUCUGUGAAUGUGCACGUGUGGGGUGGCUUUUCAAAGUCAUAGAAAUCGGCUAUGUCAGAUUCGAGAGAUCUUUUCCUCAUGUUAAUAGUGGUAGGACAUUCAAUUCUUAAUUGGUGGGAACAUUGUAGUAGAAAUUUUUUUAUAUAGAAAUAUAAAUAUAGUUGAUUUUAAGAAUA